UAUAUCGGAAACUAAUCAUGAGACGGCCACAUUGACCGCGCGACGUUUUGUUUUUUUAUUCAUUUCAAUUUUGACAAGCAGUUGCCAUCAGUUGUUAUUUCAAUGUAGGAAGUCACAAUGUCAUUCUCGCAGUCGUUCAAUUUCGGAAACAGCACCUUAAUGGCGCUGGAAAGAGGAAUGCAAGCGGACGACAAGGAGAAUGCACAGCCAGGAAAUGGAACUAUCCAAGUCCAAAGUGCCGGCAAUGAGGUAAAUAGCGAAAUCCAGGAAAUUAACUCGGAGUUUUUUCGGGACGAGUUCUCCUACGAAGUGAAUCAGGCCCAUAAGCCAGUGGAACAAUCAGUGGUCAAUGUGUCUCAGGUUCAGCAGCAUAUGGCAGUUAUUUCCAAUCAGGACUCUGAGGAUCAGAGCCGCUCAUCCCCUUUGAAUGAUGAAAUCUGCACGGAGAAUUCGUUCGAAAGCGAAGUCGUCGUGCAGGAGCAGCCCAAUCUGGAUGAGAACAGUUUUUUGUGUCCUGCGCAGGAUGAAGAGGCUUCCGAGCAGCUGAAGGAGGACAUCCUGCUCAGCCAUUCCGUACUGGCCAAGCAGGAAUUCUACCAAGAAAUUUUGCAAGUCACGCAGAACCUGAGCAGCAUGUCGCCGAACCAACUGCGAGUGUCGCCAAACUCCUCGAGGAUCCGCGAAGCGGUGCCCGAGAGACCAGCAAUGCCGCUUGAUCUCAACUCGCUUAGACCAAUAAGCGCAUGGAACCUGCCCAUGAGCAUUCAGGAGGAGUACAAGAAAAAGGGUGUCGUCCAGAUGUUCGACUGGCAGGUGGAGUGCCUCUCCAACCCAAAAUUGCUGUUCGAGCACUGCAACCUGGUGUAUUCCGCACCCACGUCGGCGGGCAAAACGUUGGUUAGUGAGAUAAUGAUGCUGAAAACCGUACUGGAACGUGGUAAAAAGGUUCUGCUCAUACUGCCCUUCAUCUCGGUGGUGCGCGAGAAAAUGUUUUACAUGCAGGAUCUGCUCACGCCGGCUGGUUACCGCGUGGAAGGAUUCUACGGCGGCUAUACGCCACCAGGAGGCUUUGAAAGCCUUGAUGUGGCCAUUUGCACAAUAGAGAAGGCGAACUCCAUUGUGAACAAGCUGAUGGAGCAGGGCAAACUAGAAACCAUAGGCAUGGUGGUGGUAGACGAAGUGCAUCUCAUUUCGGACAAGGGACGCGGCUAUAUCCUGGAACUUCUGCUAGCCAAGAUCCUCUACAUGUCACGACGCAAUGGACUGCAGAUCCAGGUGAUCACCAUGUCGGCCACACUGGCGAAUGUGCAGCUGCUGCAAAGCUGGCUUGACGCCGAGUUGUACAUCACACACUACCGACCCGUUGCUCUAAAGGAAAUGAUUAAGGUGGGCACAGUAAUUUAUGACCACAGUUUGAAAUUAAUUCGGGAUGUGGCCAAGGAAAAGGAAUUUUUGAAAGGCCUGGAAAACGAUUCCGAUGAUGUGGCCCUUCUCUGCAUAGAGACGUUGCUGGAGGGCUGCUCCGUAAUCGUGUUCUGCCCCUCGAAAGAUUGGUGCGAGAACCUGGCCGUUCAAUUGGCCACCGCAAUACAUGGCCAAAUCAAAUCUGGAACAGUGCUGGGCCAACGAUUGAGGGCAAAUCUGGAUCCGAGGGCUAUUGCAGAAGUGAAGCAACAACUCAGGGACAUUCCCACAGGUCUCGAUGCGGUCAUGUCGAAGGCGAUCACCUACGCCUGUGCGUUUCACCACGCCGGCCUAACUACGGAGGAGCGGGACAUUGUGGAAGCCUCGUUUAAGGCAGGAGCACUGAAGGUUCUAGUCGCCACCAGCACACUGAGUUCGGGAGUGAAUCUGCCCGCUCGGCGCGUCCUGAUACGCUCGCCAUUAUUUGGGGGCAAGCAAAUGAGUUCCCUAACGUACCGCCAGAUGAUCGGACGAGCUGGACGCAUGGGAAAGGAUACGCUGGGUGAGUCAAUUCUCAUCUGCAACGAGAUUAAUGCCCGAAUGGGAAGAGACCUGGUCCUAUCGGAUCUACAGCCCAUUACUUCCUGCCUCGAUAUGGACGGAAGCACCCACUUGAAGCGCGCUCUACUCGAGGUGAUUUCUUCUGGUGUAGCGAACACUAAAGAAGACAUCGACUUCUUCGUGAAUUGUACCCUGCUGAGUGCCGAAAAGGAUUUCCACGCAAAGGAGAAACCACCAGAUGAGGAACCUGAUGACAAUUACAUUAACGAUGCCCUCGACUUUCUUGUGGAGUACGAGUUCGUUCGCCUGCAAAGGAACGAGGAAAAGGAGACAGCAGUCUAUGUGGCCACUCGUCUCGGUGCCGCGUGUCUGGCUUCCUCUAUGCCGCCCACUGACGGCCUCAUCCUUUUUGCGGAACUCCAGAAAUCUCGUCGCUCCUUCGUCCUAGAGUCAGAGCUGCAUGCUGUUUACCUAGUAACGCCCUAUUCUGUCUGCUACCAACUUCAAGAUCUCGACUGGCUGCUGUACGUGAAUAUGUGGGAAAAGUUGAGCUCGCCCAUGAAAAAAGUGGGCGAGCUAGUUGGAGUCAGGGACGCCUUCCUCUCCAAAGCUCUGCGUGGUCAAACGAAACUGGACUACAAGCAAAUGCAAAUACAUAAACGUUUCUAUAUAGCUCUGGCUCUAGAAGAACUGGUUAACGAGACUCCAAUAAACGUGGUGGUGCACAAGUUUAAGUGCCACCGAGGAAUGCUGCAGAGUCUGCAGCAAAUGGCCGCGACCUUUGCAGGCAUUGUCACUGCUUUCUGCAACUCUCUGCAGUGGUCCACACUCGCCCUGAUCGUGUCCCAAUUUAAGGAUCGUCUCUUCUUUGGCAUUCAAAGGGAUCUUAUCGAUCUAAUGCGAAUACCCGAUCUGUCGCAGAAACGAGCUCGUGCUCUCUUUGAUGCUGGCAUCACCAGUUUGGUAGAGCUGGCGGGCGCUGAUGCCCUAGUAUUGGAAAAGGUGCUCUAUAACUCACUCAGCUUCGACUCUGCAAAGCAAAACGACAACGAGAACGCGGAGGAGGCGGCCAAGCGAAAUGUAGUGAGAAAUUUCUAUAUCACCGGCAAGGCGGGGAUGACAGUGAGUGAGGCUGCCAAACUAUUGAUUGGAGAAGCUCGGCAGUUUGUUCAGCACGAGAUCGGACUGGGCACAAUUAAAUGGACCCAAACUCAGGCGGGUGAGGACAAAGCUUCGAGGGCAAUACAAGAUGGCGUGGAGGUAGACCUCCACAUGUCCCUGGAGGAGGAACAGCCGCCAGUAAAGAGGAAAUUGUCCAUCGAAGAAAAUGGCACAGCCAAUACACAAAAAAAUCCCAGACUCGAAACACUAGUGGACAAACAGCAAGGCUAUAAAGUUCAUAAGAUGAACCCGAAUCUUAAAAAAAUCGAAUAUGCGCAAAAUAAGACUCCAGGGAGUCCAACUGCACAUAUGGAUAACCUAAACCUGAUUAGCAAUGACCCACAACUAGCAAAUGGAGAAAAACCUAGUACCAGUCAAAGUGCUAGUAAGAAGCUCGUUAAGGAGGGAAUGGCCGAACGCCGCAGGGUCGCUUUAAUGAAGAUUCAGCAACGCACCCAAAAAGAGAACCAGUCUAAGGAUCAGCCAAUACAGGCGCCGAGGUCUAACCCACUUUCAAGUCCGGUUAAUAGAACGCCCGCAAAUCGAUGGAGACAAUCGGAAAACGCAAACAAUGAGAUGAACAAUCGUCAACUGCCCUGCAGAAAUCCACGAAAUCAAUCACCAGUACCCAAUCCAAACCGCGCUGUCUCAAGGAUAGCUUCCAACGCAGAGGAGGAUUUGUUUAUGGCAGACGAUUCCUUUAUGCUGAACACUGGUCUAGCCGCUGCCCUCACGGCAGCCGAGAGCAAAAUUGCCCCUUGCGCGGAGCCGGAAGUGAUACCUAGCUCGCAACCUAAGGAGCCGGAGGUGAUCGGUGCAUUGACUCCACAUGCAUCCAGACUGAAGCGUUCCCAACAGUUGCGAUCACAGCGCAUGCAAAGUCACAGCCCUACCCCGCCACGUGAAAUCAAAAUGGAUUUGGAAUCGAAAAACGAAUCCAACGGGGUCUCCUCUAUGGAAAUCUCGGACAUGUCUAUGGAGAACUCACUUAUGAAAAAUCCCUUACAUCUGAAUGCCUCGCACAUUAUGAGCUGCUCGAAAGUAGAUGAACCUGCCUUGAGUUUCUCUUCCAUAGAUAUAAUCGAUGUGUGUGGCCACCGGAAUGCGUUUCAAGCUGCUGUCAUCGAGAUCAAAGAAGCCACGCGUUUGGGAUUUAGCGUUGGCCUGCAGGCUCAAGCGGGCAAACAGAAGCCGCUAAUUGGAGCCAACCUCUUGAUCAAUCAAGUUGCGGCGGCUGAGAACCGGGAGGCGGCUGCCAGGGAACGUGUGCUAUUCCAAGUGGACGACAGCUCCUUCAUCUCUUGUGUUUCUUUCUGUCGUGCGGACAAUGUUGCCUUCUAUUGGAAUAUGCAAAUUGACGACCGUGCAGCAUGUCAGGGAGUGCCCACCCCUCUGAAGGUGCAGGAAUUGUGCAACCUGAUGGCUCGAAAGGAUCUCACGCUAGUCAUGCACGACGGAAAGGAGCAGCUUAAGAUGCUGCGCAAAGCGAUUCCGCAGCUACAAAAGAUUAGCGUCAAGCUGGAGGAUGCCAAGGUGGCAAACUGGCUGCUGCAGCCGGACAAAACAGUGAAUUUUCUAAAUAUGUGCCAGACAUUCGCUCCGGAAUGCACUGGCCUUGCGAAUCUCUGUGGCAGUGGUCGUGGUUAUAGCAGCUACGGGCUUGAUACCUCCAGUGCCAUUCUGCCGAGGAUUAGGACGGCCAUUGAAUCCUGCGUAACGCUGCACAUACUCAAGGGACAGACUGAGAACCUUGGCAGGAUCGGCGAAGGUAACUUGCUUAAGUUUUUCCACGAUAUUGAAAUGCCCAUUCAAUUGACUCUUUGCCAAAUGGAGCUUGUGGGCUUUCCCGCCCAGAAGCAGCGACUCCAACAGCUCUAUCAGCGCAUGGUGGCCGUUAUGAAGAAACUGGAAACAAAGAUUUAUGAGCAGCAUGGUUCCCGUUUCAAUCUGGGCUCGUCACAAGCUGUUGCCAAGGUGCUGGGCCUCCACCGAAAAGCAAGAGGACGAGUUACCACCUCGCGCCAGGUGCUGGAGAAGUUGAACUCGCCCAUUUCGCAUUUGAUACUGGGCUAUCGAAAGCUGUCUUGUCUCUUGGCCAAAAGCAUUCAGCCGCUAAUGGAGUGCUGCCAGGCGGAUAGAAUUCAUGGCCAGAGCAUUACAUAUACGGCAACGGGUCGUAUUUCCAUGACAGAGCCGAACCUGCAAAAUGUCGCCAAGGAAUUCUGCAUACAAGUGGGCUCUGAUGCGGUCAACAUAUCCUGUCGGUCACCAUUCAUGCCCACGGAUGAGGACCGAUGUCUUUUGUCAGCUGACUUCUGUCAGCUGGAGAUGCGGAUCCUUGCCCACAUGUCGCAGGAUAAGGCUCUGCUGGAGGUGAUGAACUCGCCGCAGGACCUGUUCAUCGCAAUUGCGGCGCAUUGGAACAAAAUCAAGGAGUCCGAAGUGACGCCGGACCUCCGCAACAGCACCAAGCAGGUGUGCUACGGAAUCGUCUACGGCAUGGGCAUGCGAUCCCUGGCCGAGUCGUUGAACUGCAGUGAGCAGGAGGCGCGGAUUAUAUCCGAUCAGUUUCACGAGGCGUACAAGGGUAUUCGCGAUUACACCAGGAGGGUGGUCAAUUUCGCACGCGGCAAGGGAUUUGUUGAGACCAUUACUGGACGGCGACGCUAUUUGGAAAUGACCAACAGUGAUAUGGAGCAUCUGAAAAAGGCCGAGCGACAGGCCGUUAACUCCACCAUCCAAGGAUCGGCUGCGGAUAUUGCGAAGAACGCUAUUCUGAAGAUGGAAAAGAACAUUGAGCGUUAUCGCGAAAAGCUGGCCUUGGGCGACAAGUCAGUUGACCUGGUAAUGCACCUACAUGACGAACUCAUCUUCGAGGUGCCAACGGGAAAGGCCAAAAAAAUAGCCAAAGUUCUUAGCAUCACCAUGGAGAGCUGCGUGAAACUCAGCGUGCCCCUAAAGGUGAAGCUGAGGAUCGGACGCAGUUGGGGUGAAUUAAAGGAGAUUAGCGUGUAGACUGUUUAAAUGUGUUAUUGUUGUAUAGUUUAUUAUACCAUUUUAUAGAUUUGUAAUCGAUUUGUUUAAAGACUGAAUGUUUUAGGACUGCUUGGCUUGCCACUCCGUCCAGGAUCCGGCAUAAGCCUUGGCGCUGCAAUUGAUUAAUAAAUGUACAAAUGUUUUACUACGUA